AUGACGUCAGUAAAGCGACACACACUCUACAACAAAAACAGAUCAAAAAGACUGUGCAAACUUUGCAUAACUCUUAUCGGACGGUUGGAACGGGACUCGUCUAUUUUUCGGAAAUGGCAACAAGAGGAGGACACUCUGACAACCGAACCACCACCAGCCGAAGGGUCAUCUUCUGCCGGACAGGGUGACAAACGAGAACGUUGUACUCCAUCUAAAACACCAAGAGCAGUGAAGAAGAUUCGCCGGAGUCCUACCACUCAGACUGCAGCAAGGCGAAGUAUCACACAGGUCAUUACUGAGUACCCUAGUAAAACUGUUCUCAAGCAUGCAAUAGGCAAACAAAAGGAGUUGGCUGCCACCUGCGGUGAAAGACUGCAGGAGCUAAAAGUUUCCACUGAACUUUACUUGACCUCUAAAGCAGAUGGGCACCCUGUGGACAUGACAAGUGUGAAUGAUAACAUGGAGGACCUCACAUUAUCAGAUGACAAUACUGAAAGCCAACUACCAGAUUCAGAGACUACAGAAGUGAACUCUCCACCACCUUAUACCACACAGCCAGAGCUGCCACCCACAUACUCUGUAAUAAUGGACAACUUAGACUUCUUCAUGAAGACUCACCAGCAGUCACUACUCACCAGCAAUACAUCCCUCCACUGGAUACAUCACAUUGCUGUUGAAGAUCGAAUUCAAACAAGCCACCUAAGUGAUCCACUUCACAAGGUUGUUUUGCAUCACAUUCCGCAUGACCAUUCUGAAGAAAUGUCAUUACACUCCACAGACUACCCCCUUGGACUGAUCUUCAAAAAUGAAAACAUAACUGGGGAGUUGUCCGAUGUACUGUUGUAUCUUCAAAAAGAGUAUGUACCAAAAGGACCAAGUGGCUUGGAAAAGGUGUUUGUAGGUGGUGACCGCCUAACUGAGGGUAACUGUCGUAAUCUUCAGUGGGGUUUUGCGGACGGAGCUACAGAAGAAGAACGACUCGAAGGAUUGGCAUUUAAGUUUGAAGAUUGGCAUGCCAUCAGAAAUCUUUUUCAGAUCCAUUACAAAAUAUUUUGUAAUAAGACCUCAUCAAAAGAUCAUGGAACACUUUUUUCAAACAUGAAUGUGUUGAGUGCUUCCAAGACAACAUGA